AUGUCUACUUUCAAGUCUUUCACCUCUUCUUCUUCUUCCGCCUCCUCCCGCACCAUCCGAACUCUCUACAAGGUCUUGAAGGCACUGCCUUCUACUCACAUCGAUCGGGCUCGACGGGUCACUUCUGACUUCUUCUACAUGCACGACAACCUCCCUUACGGCAUGCAAGCCCGAGAAGCGCUGGACGACGAGGACCUUCUCUCGGUCCCUAUGCCGCUGGAGCUCAUCGACGCUUACGAGCCCCUCGUCCUGGAGGAGGUCUGCGCUUGCGCUUGCAAGUGCCGCAAGUCUUUCGACGUAGUCAGGGAGCCGGUCUCCACUACUGCUACUGUCGAAUCAGUCGCUUGGACUUCGACUAGGACGCCGUUGAAGCUGGACUUUUACGGCGGUUCGGAAGACGAAGUCGAGGUCGAUGUCAAGGAAUCCUUCGACUUCACCUCUACCUCCAUCGCUCUUGAGCUCGAGGACUACACCUUCACUCCGUCGUUUGACGUCGACGUCGAGUCCGUCCUCGCUUCCAUGCACGCCGAAGCCGAAGCCGAAGCCAUCAAGAUCCAGGCGAUCCAGGCUGAGGCCGCUGCUACUAUCGCCGUCGCCGAUAACAAGGUCACCACUGUCCCCGUCGAGAAGAAGGUUACCAAGACCACUUCUACCGUCGCCUCCACCAUCGAGGUGAGGAGGAGACAGACUCUCGGGUCUUCUGCUUCUUCCUCUCGUCCAUCGUCAUCGGCAUCCACCGUCUCUACCAUCUCGUCCGCUUCCACCGCGAACAACAACAAGAACAAGCGAGCGUCGGUCCUACCCACCGCUGCCGCUACUACCGUCGGCCGACCCACCGCCCGGUUCUCUCUCGCACCCCGGCCCAGGGUUACUCCGGUAGUCAACGUGAAGGUGAUCGCUUCGUCCCGACAGCCUCUCGCACCGGUCCGAAACGAGCACAAGUCGAUCAAGUCGACCAACAUCUCUCGACCUACCUCCGCCUGCUCCACCUCCUCCUGCUCCACCUCCUCCACCUCUACCGACGCCUCCUCAAAACCCAAGGUCAACCUCAAGACCCGCGUUUCCCUCGCUCCUAUGAGCAAGAAGGAACGAUUCGCCGACCUCGGGAAGGGCAAGGGCGGCAAUCCGGAUCAUCGGUGGCCUCUCGACAUCCCCACCUCCUGUGAUCUCAACCGAGUCCGAUCAACAAGAGCGUCGACGGCCAUCCGGACCGGCAAGACGAGACGGUCGAUCCCGUCUCGCCUCUCGCUUCAAGAAGGAGGACACACUAACAUCAAGAGGAACACGACCGAGGCUGGCUCCUCCCGUCGGACUUCAAGACCAACAUCAAGGUCGGACUUCAAGCAGGACAUCAAGAUCAGCAAGACGACAAGGACGAGUAUCCGGUACUCCGAGUCGGUCGAGGGCACUCCGAGUCGAGACAUCGACGAAGACGAGUCACACCUCCGAGGGUACUCCGAGUCAGAUCGACGAUCGACGAAGACGAGUGUUCACCUCUAGGACACUUCGAGUCGAGAGUUAUCGACCAGGACGAGUACCCUUCUGCCCUUAUUCUCAUCCCCCUAUUCUUCAGCCGUUUCCGUGGCUACUUCAUCCUCCCCUCUCACACUCUCGCAGCUCCCCUUCAUCGCACCUAGAGGGACUCGAAGCCCAAAGUACGGUAGUUCCCUUGUGGAUCUGGGUCCCUAGGCUGCCAUGUGCAGUUCAGACAUGUGUGCGUCUAGCAUGCUACGCCGGAAAACGAAGAGCGAGUUCUUUAAUGUUCGGUGAAGUACCUCUCCUCUCUUCUUUCUCCAGGGUGGGGUUUUCGUCACUGUUUACGGUGUUUCCCCAUCCUUUGUACUUUUUUUUUUUUUUUUUUUUUUUUUUUCAUGUGAAAUACGUAUCGAUGCCC